AUGGAAUAAAAGGUAUUGAAUUUAGAAAUUUUAAGAAAGUCUUACUUUUUUUUCCUAUGGCUAUUCCAGCAUCUGGGAAAACAGUUUUAUUUGAAAGCAUUGAAUCAUAUUAUAACGAAAAGCAUUAAGGAAAUACAAAAUUGUUUAUUAUAUCUAGUGAUUAAGUUUCACUAAAAUUGAUGAAUGAACAUAUUGCAGCUAAUCCAAAUGUUUCAAAAGAAGUUGCUUAUUAAGAAACAAGAAAAAAAUAUAGAUCAAGAUAUGAUAAUGAAAUUAGGGCAGUUUGUUAAAAAGCGUAAGGUAUUUACAUAAUCUCUAAAUUGUAGUUUGUGAAUAAUAAUUUAUUGUCAUAAUUUUUGAUAAAAAUCAUCCUGAAAAUGCUUUGAAAGGACCUUUAGAAAUAGUUUAAGAGUAUUUCAAUAAAUAUAAUUCAAUUGGUUUAAUUCCUAAAAUUGGUAAACCAUUAGGAAACAAUUUAUUUUCUAUAACAUAUUUGGUUUCAUGUGUUUAGAGAGCAAUUAAAAGAGAAAAUCAUGAAACUUUAGUUGGAAGUAAAGAAAAAGUAGCCUCUGUUGUUUUAUUCUUUUUUUCAUUCUUUAAUAAAGUUUAAGUAAUAUAUUUUCAAUUCAUCUAGAUUGAUAAAUUACCUUUUGAUAAAGUUUUUUAUGUUCCUUUUACUAAUGAAGAUGAAUAAUACGAUUAAUUAUUAAGAAAAGAGGCUCUUGAUGUUUUAAAGACAAUUUAAAGAGAAAGAAAUCCUGAAGAUAUUUAAAAUAAUUGUAAGGAAGCUCUACAGAAUUUUAUAGGAGUUUGUGAAAAGCACAAUUUAGGAUUUCCUGAUAAAAAUUAAUAAAGAGAAAUAGUUUGGAAUGAGAUCCAAGCAAUUGAUUAAUGA